AUGUCAGGCAAACCCAAAUGCAAGCUCUGGGCAAGCAUAGGCACAUGCACCCCCAUAGACGAAAUCAUCAGGGCCACCCAGCCGACCACCAUGCCAAAGGGAAAGACGCCAGCCCAGAAUGCCGAAGGGCACCACAGAAAGGCCACAGCACGCGCAGCAAAGAGGCUGCACUUCCUCCCCGAGACACAGAACCACCAACAUCCAGGCCAGCCGAGCAAAAACGACAUAGCCAAGCCAAGCCAAGCCAAGCCACAGUUCCUCCUGAGCCAACACCACAGCAACACCACACAUCAGAACCACCCAGCAGACAGGCAAACCCUACCUCAGUAUAAGGCAGAGAAACCCGAUGCAACCGCCGAGCCCAGCGAUGCCCACCCUACAGCACCCACACUCGGAGGCCAGAGCCGGCACACACAGGACAACCGCCCAAAUACCACAGCAUGCCAUACAACAGAGAACAAAAUGCAGCAAAGAGCACCCAAAGCAAAGCCCACAACCUGCGAAUGCGCCCCCACCACCAGCCCUCCAAAAAUAAAGCCCUCCCCCUCGAAAAGAAGACCCUCAGCAUCCAGGUCCAAGAACAUGCCCGACACCCAUACCCCAGCCAGAAGUAGCACCGCGAGAAAACCCACACCGAAGCCUACAAAAGGCAGAGAGCCCACAGAGCCAAAACCAAAACCCACCAAGAAGCCGAGACCAGUCCACUCCAAGAUCAACCCCGGCCAUCCAAACCAUGCAGACCCCUCCGACCCCCCAUCCUUCAGACAGAACCGGGACCGGGGUCAGGAACCGGAAUACAGACAAGGAACCAGAAUCUGA